GCGCCCGAGCACAGCCAUUCUUCCCGAUGGAAAUCUCCAGUGAGGCGGUGGCGGUUGCUCCCUCCCCAGCCCUCUUUAUAAAUAUCGCCCGCUCCCUUCCCCCCCUCCGGGCAACCCCUCACUUUACGAUUUUCCAUGGAGCUCGGCGAUCAGCCGCCUCGCCUCCUAACUCCAACCCAAUCCUCUCCUCUUUGUUCUUCUCCUUCUCCCAUCUCUCCUACCUCCUCUGCUUUAAUGGAGGCGGCGGGAAAUCGCCCUUCUGGUGGGGGGUCGGGUGUUCUCUUUUCUUCCUCCUCCUCCUCCUCGUCUCCUCUCAUGGGAUUUGGAUCACUCUCUGCUUCCAAUCCCUAUCCUUCUCCGCCUCUCGGGCCCGAGAUGAAGCCAUUCGGGGAAAUCUUGGACUUCUCCGCCCAACCUCCGCCUCGUCCUGCGGAAGAGCUUCCCCCCUACCGUUUGGGGCCUUCGUCGUCGUCGUCGUCGUCGUUCUCGUCUGGGGAUGGGGCGGGUGGAGAGAGUGUUGGGAUCCCUCGGCCUCUGGAGGCUCUUCAGAGCGCGCCGAUCUCGCCCUUCCUCUCCAAGACAUAUGAGCUUGUGGAUGAUCCCUCUCUGGAUCCGCUCAUUUCGUGGGGUUCUACUGGGAAGAGCUUCGUGGUGUGGGAUCCCGUCGAGUUUGCUAGGGCCGUUCUGCCUCGGAACUUCAAGCACAACAACUUCUCCAGUUUUGUCCGCCAGCUGAAUACUUAUGGUUUUCGCAAGAUUGAUGUUGAUCGAUGGGAGUUUGCCAAUGAAGAUUUCGUAAAAGGAAAUAAGCCUUUGUUAAGAAACAUAAACAGGCGAAGGUCGUCUCAGGUUCAGCAAGUAGGUACUCAACUAUGCUCUUCAGCUGAAAGGGGGGAGCCCAAAUUGGAAGGUGAACUCCACACAUUGAGAAAGGAAAAGAGCGCAUUGAUGCAAGAGGUCAUUAGAUUGCAGCAGGAGCAUCUCGCGACAGUCCAACAGAUGGAUGCGCUGAACCAGCAGAUGGAAUCAGCGGAACAGAGGCAGAAGCUGAUGGUGUCUUUCUUGGCAAAGGUACUUCAGAACCCGGUAUUCUUGGCCCAUCUUAAGCUGCUGAAGGGACAAAGGGAGAUUACUUCUACAAGAGUAAGAAGAAAGUUCCUCAAGCAACAAUUACCGAGCCAAAGUGAUUUAGAUGAAUCCAUAGAAUAUCAUCAGACUGGAAAGAAGAGACUAGAUUUGACCGGUUCUACUUCUUCUGCACUGCAAGGCAUUGAAUAUGGUGCGAAUAAACAACUUUCUGAUAAUCUUUUGCAAGAUAUGGUUGAAAAACUUGGUCUUGACACAAGCAGACAAGAACUUCUGAGAGGCUCAGAUGAAACUGCGCUGGGGGUGCCGGACCCACUGCUUCUGGAUGCCGAUUCUGCUGCCAUCCAAGGAGGGCUUCCAGAGAGCUCUCAGACAGACAUGGGCUCCAGUGGCACCGAGUGCUUUGCAUCUUGUCCUGAGGAUAUGACCCCAGAGAGGAUGUUUUCAAAUGCUAAAGUCCCUGCAACUGAAAGUGCAGGGCCAGACCCCAACACUGUCAGCUUCGAGGGAAAGAGUGUCAUGGAGAAAACAGAAGCUACCUUUGGUGGUAGCGAUUACGCUGUGUCAUUCCCGGAAGACACCUUUCAGGAGAAAAUGUUUUCAGAUGCUAUAGUGUCUGCCAACAAAACCGUCAGCGGGCAGGAGGAAAUAUGGAAGAUCGGUCUUGAGGCUGGAGAAUGUUCUUUGAGUUCUUACGACGAUGUUUGGGAUAGCCUUGCUCAUGAUGCCCCCAAACUGGAAGUUGCGGCUGGAUCUGGUGAGCUAUGGGAUAUCGAUUUGCAAACACUGGGUGAAGAUUUGGAGUUUGACGAGUGCUUAGGCAGCGACCUCUCUUACCAGGAAUGUGAAAGUCAGUCUAGACUAUUUGACAAAAAUGAUAAAGAAAAGAUGGAACCAUAGGAUUAUUGUGCCUUGACCAUUACCCUUUUGGGUUACUUGUACCAUCACCACUGUAGAACUCUCAAAAAUUUGAUUAAUUAAUAUAAUAUUGAUUUUGGUUGAUUUUUUGGAA